AUGAUUAUCGGGAAAGCUUGCCAGAAAAAAGCAACUGCAAAUGAAGUUAGACAAAAGUUGAAUUGUCCAUGUUCAUCAAGGACUGGAUACGGAAUUCGUAUCGAUCGACCAUCGCUGGGAUUUAAGUCUGGUUCAUUUCAUUGGAAGCGGCCCCUACUAGUCAGAAUAACAAGAUCAUUCAAAACAGCACCCACACCAGGUCUGAAUGUUCUGGCAGGUUUACCGCCAUUGCACCUGCAAAUCCAAAAAGAAGCACUACUAGCUAACACACUAAGAUUCAAUCAAGAAAACACACAAUACAAUAUAAAAGCGGGUGAUUAUCAACAAAAGAUAAAAACACAUAUGGUCCACCCGGCCCAUAAGACUAGCCAUAAAUACACUAACCUACCAACAAGUACUAGUACUAGCAAAACAACGACGGUACAAAUCUACACCGAUGGCUCCAAAACAGACAAUGGCGUGGGAGCUGCAUUCUGUGUUUACCACAACAACCAACAUACAGAUACAUACAAAUUUACGUUAAAACAAGAAAACACAGUGUUUCAAGCAGAGGUUUUAGCCAUCAAAGAAGCCAUCAAUUGGUUAGAGACACACAGCUGCAAAGAUGCAACAAUUUUCACAGACAGUCUGGCUAGUAUACACGCUAUUAGAAAAACGAAACAAAAAGACCCACACGUGGCAACAACACAAAGACAACUAGAACACCUAGUCAGAAAAUGCAACACACAAAUACACUGGGUGGCAGCGCACACAGGUAACAUAGGCAAUGAAGCAGCGGAUUUAGCGGCUAAAGACGCAGCAGCAGGUCACGGGAUUCCCAGCGGUGUUCUGCUUCCACCAUCGAGCCUGAGAAAUAAACUUAAAAACAUCACACAAAAACUUUGGCAAGCAUACUGGGACGAAAAUGAAAAAGGCUAUACAACAAAAUCAUAUUAUCCUAAAGUAGACACAGACCGACUCAUAGGCCAUCCAGCAGCAAUACAAUUCCUUACAGGACAUGGCUUCNUUUGUUUCAUCUCAUUCACGUCUGGCAGGUCUUGA